AUGGAGGCGGCGGGAGGCGGCGGGACCCCCGCACCGGGACCGGGAACGGCACCGGGACCGGGAACGGCACCGGGACCCGGCCGGGCCCGCCCGGCACCGCCCCAGCCCCCGUCCCCCGCGCAGACACAGUCCAAGGGCCGCGAGCUCUUCAGGACCCAGCGCAAGGAGUCCGAGGGCUCCGUGGACUGUCCCAACCUGGAGUUCGAGUACGGGGAUGCCGACGGGCACGGCGCCGAGCUGGCAGAGCUCUACAGCUACACCGAGGAGCCCGAGCUGAGCCACAACAGGAGAUGCUUCGAGGAGGAUUUCCAUGCUCAAGUGCCGGGCAGGAGGUGGCUGGAGCUGGACGGGGCCCAGCAGAAGGCCUUUGUCAUGCGCCUGCUGGACGGGCUGGAGGUGGUCAACAGGGACAGGAGGCUGCGGGUGGCCCGGGCCAUCCUCUACCUGGCACAGGGUGUGUUUGGGGACUGCGAUAACGAGGGCGAUGUCCUGCACUGGUCUCGGCACAACAGCUUCCUGCUGUACCGCCUGGGCACCUUCUCCGCCUUCCUGGAGCUGCUCAACAUGGAGAUCGAGAACAGCCAGGCCUGCAGCAGCGCCCUGCGGAAGCCGGCCAUCUCCCUGGCUGACAGCACGGAGCUCAGGGUCCUGCUCAGUGUCAUGUACCUGAUGGUGGAGAACAUCCGUGUGGAGCAGGAGGCGGAUCCGCCCGAGUGGAAAACCUGCCGGGAGACCUUCAGGAUGGAGCUGAGUUUCCCCGUGCACACAGAGGAGCCGUUUGCUCUCCUGCUCUUCACGAUGGUGACCAAGUUCUGCAGCGGCCACGCUCCACACUUCCCCAUGAAGAAGGUCCUGCUCCUGCUCUGGAAGGUGCUCCUGUUCACGCUGGGCGGGUUCGAGGCCCUGCAGGCCAUGAAGGUGCGGCGGCGGGAGGAGCUGGGGCUGCCCCCCCUGCCCGAGGACAGCAUCCAGGUGGUCCGGAGCAUGAGGGCGGCCUCUCCUCCCACCUACUCCAUCGAGCUCGUGGAGCAGCAGCAGCAGCAGAAGCGGGGCCACCGCAGCCGCAGGCCCCUGGUGAAGCAGGACAGCUUGGACAUCUACAACGAGAGAGACCCCUUCAAGAACGACGAGGCAGGAGUGGAGGAGGAGGAGAACGACGACGUGGACAGCGGGAUCGAGGGGGAGCUGGACCUGAUGGAGCGGGACACGAUCGUCCCCCCCCUGCCCCCCCAGCGCCUGCCCAUCGAGAGGGUGUCCUUCCCCAAGGGGCUGCCCUGGGCCCCCAAAGUCAGGUAA